AUGUCAAUCGCCAGACCUCAAGACAACACCCAGAGAAAUGUUACUAACGAAGAAUCAUUGCAGCACCUCCUCGACUACCCCGUUGUUCACGAUGGCGUGGAGACCUUCAAGAGCAACCCAUAUGGUCAAAAGUCACUGCAGCUCAGCGACUCCGCCUACAAGACCUUCGCUGCCCCCGUCGUGCCCUACUUCCAGAAGCCCUACCAAUAUGUCUCCCCAUACGUCAAAAAAGCCGAUGAUCUUGGCGACAAGGCGCUGGCCAAGGUCGACUCCAAGUUCCCCGUCGUGAAGAAGCAGACGGGCGAGCUGUAUGCCGACACCAAGAGCGUGGUGCUGUUCCCCCUCCACAAGGGCCUCGAGACCAAAGAUCAUGUCCUUGGCGUCUACAACUCCGAGUAUAAGAAGGCCGGCGGUGAGAAUGGCCACGGACUUGUCAUCUACGGAAAGGCUGCCCUGGGAACCGCCAUCAUAGUCACCGCCCAGACCGUACAGUGGAUCGGCUCCUUCCUUGGCCAGAAGAAGGCACAGGCCCAGGAUGUAGUCGAGAAGACCACCAACUAA